AGCGGGUCAAAACGAGCAAACCACAAAUCGCAUCCCCCAAAGGAAGGAAGGACAGUAUCGUCCUUGUAUAUUUGACUGUGUCCAGUACAUCUGCCUCAGUGCAUACGCGGCCUCCUGUGCUCGAUCGCCAUCGGUAUUCUUAAUCUCUGAUCGGUACCAGUCUUCCGAGCAACAAGUCGAUCGCGUCUUUCAUCUAUACAAAUCAACAUGGCUAGCAAGUUGACGCUCUACAAGCUGGUGGUCUUGGGUGAUGGUGGUGUCGGAAAGACUGCUCUUACCAUUCAACUCUGCUUAAAUCACUUCGUUGAGACCUACGAUCCGACUAUCGAAGACUCAUAUCGCAAGCAGGUCGUCAUCGAUGACCAGAGCUGCAUGUUGGAGGUUUUGGACACUGCGGGACAGGAAGAAUAUACAGCUUUGCGGGAUCAGUGGAUCAGGGAUGGUGAAGGAUUCCUUCUCGUCUACUCUAUCACAUCUCGACCAACCUUCGACCGUCUGGCUCGCUUCCACUCACAGCUUACGCGCGUAAAAGACACCCCGCAAUCUCUCCCGCCACCAUGCAUGCUCGUCGGUAACAAGGCCGACAGACAUCAGGAGCGUGAGGUCAGUGCGCAGGAAGGUCAGGCACUUGCCAGGGAGCUCGGCGCGCAGUGGAUCGAGACGAGUGCGAAGGACUGUGUUAACGUGGAGAGGGCGUUCUACGAAGUCGUGAGGGCGAUCAGAAGAGGAAGGGGUGACAUGCCCGGGGGCCGGGCGGCUGGUGGACGCGGAAAUGGCGGUCAGACCACGGGCGCGAAGAAGCAAAAGAAGAAGUGCAUCAUCAUGUGAGCGACGCAAGCAGAGCUAGCAUAUUUGGUAUGGGCUGUGGCUGCAAGGCUUAUGCAGCGGACAAUAUACAGGUUUGUGGGUCGGUUUCUUUGUGAUACGUACAGGCGAUAGAUGCCGUGGAAAGGGCAGGGUAUGUUCAGCGAUAGGUUUUCGUUUUUCUUGUUUGGUUAUGUUUGCAGCAUCUGUUCUUCGUCUGUUUGGGUCUCAAUAGAAAGUAAUAUUUGUCAAUACGUAUGCGUGGGAGGUCACCACCUUAGUGAAAGUUUGUUACACGGUAUCAUGUAUUGUAUCGAGCAAGGGACCUUCUAGAUCUAGCAAUAAGG